AUGCAGCCAAUGCGCUGGAGACGGGUCGGGCGCUCUCGGAGGUUCCUCAGAGAAAGCACACUGGUGGCAGUACGGAGCGGUAGCGCGAGCUCAGUACAACGAAGAGAACCCAACGAGUCCACAUCGCGCGACUUUAGCGAAGGGAGAGAAAGAAAGAAAGAGAGUGAGAGAGAGAGAAAGAAAGAAAGCAAGCAAGCCUGCAUCUUAAAACCAGCCGUUAUAUCUGGAGAGGGUCGCCGCAGCCUGGAGGGGGAACGAGGGAUUUGAUCAGCACCGUUAUUUUUCUUUCUUUUUCUUUUUUUUUCUGGAGAAGGAUUGUGAGCUUUUGUGUGCAAAAAUGAUGGUCGGGGAGAUAGAGGUGAAGGAGAGACCGAGGCCGAGUCCCGACUAUCUCAUGCAGUUAUUGAACGAGAAGAAGCUCAUGACUAGUUUACCGAACCUGUGCGGGAUCUUCACACACCUGGAGAGACUCUUGGACGAAGAGAUAACCAGAGUGAGGAAAGACAUGUAUAACGACACAGUGAACGGUCUGGUGGACAAACACCCCCUGGAGUUACCAGAGCCAGUGGGACCCAUCGUACAUCUGCAGGAGAAACUCUUUGUACCCGUCAAAGAGUAUCCAGAUUAUAAUUUUGUAGGGAGAAUUCUUGGCCCUCGUGGACUCACAGCAAAACAACUGGAGGCAGAAACUGGCUGCAAGAUCAUGGUGAGAGGGAGGAGCUCCAUGAGAGACAGAAAGAAGGAGGAGCAGAACAGAGGGAAGCCAAACUGGGAGCACCUAAAUGAAGAACUGCACGUGCUGAUCACAGUGGAGGACACACAGACACGUGCUGAGGUCAAGAUGAGAAGAGCUGUCGAAGAGGUCAAGAAGCUACUGGUGCCUGCAGCAGAAGGAGAAGAUAAUCUGAAGAAGAUGCAGCUUAUGGAGCUGGCCAUUCUGAACGGAACAUACAGAGACACCAACAUCAAAAUGCCCACCCUUGCGUUCUCUCUUGCAGCAGCGGCAGCAGCUGCUCAAGGUCAGCGUCUGAUCGCGGCUCCUGCAGGUCAGGUCCUCCCCCCAGCUGCCCUCAGGCCCCCCACUCCGGCAGGGACCCCCAUCAUGAACAUCAUUCGGCCCACUCAGAUGGCCACCAUGCUACCCAAUGGCACCCCUACCCUGGUGCCCCCAACGCCCGAUGCGGGCAUUAUCUACACCACGCCCUACGACUACCCUUAUGCCUUGGCACCCACGUCUCUGCUGGAAUAUCCUAUUGAGCACAGCGGAGUCCUAGGUAAGCGGGCGUGGGGGCUUGGGACUUCACUCUUCGGUGCCCCACAAGAGGGUACUGUCGGGGUGUUUUACAGGGGCUUGUUGGAUGGGUCGUCAUCCGGCCCAAUUCAGGACUCACUGAAAGGUGCAAUGGCUACUAAAGUGCGGAGACAUGAUUCACGGGUCCAUCCUUACCAAAGGAUAGUGACCACAGACAGAGCCGCCACCGGCAACUAACAAAUGACCUCUGAACUCUGAACUCUUCACCCAAUGAUGAGCCGCCCGAGCCUGCCUGCUGUUCAGAUUAACUGGUAAUUGCCUUUUGCUAGCCUGGUGGACGCAGAGAGAGAGGCACCUGUCCGAGCAGUGAUCCUAACAUAAACCAACAUAAAACACAACAACCCUCCAUACCAACAAGUUGUGUAGUGAUAACAACGAUGAUACUCUUUAUAAUUUUUUAUUAUUAUUGUUUCUUUCUUUUUCUUUUUAAAUCUCAAAUGACUGGGUGAAUGUUAACAGUGAUGUUGCGUUACCCGAAAAUCUGCACUGAAGUUUAAAAGCAAUAAAGAAGCGUCUUCUGCUAAUUCAGCCCUUAAAUGCAUUUAUACUCAAAAUAAAUGUAAAAAAAAAAAAGAAAGAAAGAAAUAGCAAGCUUGGUGACCCUAGUUUAAUCAGUCAUAACGCUAAACAGGGCAUCAGCAUUCAGAUUAUGUCUAUACGCUACCCCACACCUAUUUAAAUGAUCACUAUAAAUCAGCAAAAGAAAAAGAAGGAAAGAAAUCUGCAAUCACACCAACUUGUGUAUUUCCUGUCCUUCUCUGACUGUGUUUUUCAGUUGAUGAGUUUUACUGUGCUGACACAUUCUGGGUGUGCCUGUCCAGCUGACUUAGAGCAUGGCUACAAUGACAGACUGCACAAAGCUUGUUUUGAUUUCUUUCUGUUACUUCUCCCUAUUUGGUUUCUUAUGUUUCCAUGCAUCUUAUUAGCGUUUGGCAAUACUUGCAGGUUUAUACGUGCUGCUCAUUGCAGAAUCUUUGCCAGCUCAGUAGGGGGCAGUAGGCAGAGUCAGGCAGGGCAAGAGAUUGGGGUGAAGUGUUUUUGGAGUCUUCAGGAUAUUCAGGGUUGGACAGCUGGGAUAUGAACCGGAAUCAGUUUACUGAACUAUGCCAUCCCAAAAACUCUCAACCCCUCCCCACAUAUAGUGCCUAAACUUUCUACAAUUCUUUCUUUGAAUGAGCUGUGAGAUUAAAGACAAAAAAAAUAAAAAUAAGUAUUGUGUGCGCAUUUAGCCAAAGGGUUUCAAUUUAAUGAAUUUCAUAUAUAUAGGAGUAUGUAUCUAACCGCCAAGGGUUCUGUCAUUUUAGAGUUUGAAAAGGUUUGAUGUCAUGCCUGUAUCUGUUUGUUUUAAUAGCAAAUCAAAAGAUGAAUGAAAUGGUGAUUAAUUGUCCCACAAGACGCUAAUUUCCUUGAGGAUGUAUAAAAGCAAUGAACACUAAGGAAGAUGAAUGAGGUAGACAGAACGGGGGAGGGUUUAACCUCACUGCUGUAUGUACACAGUUUUCUUUUUGUUUGUUGAUUUUUCUAAAUGUUUUUAUUUUUUCCAAAUUUCUCUUCCCCCCCCGUCCCACCUUCCAAAAAUGAAUUCAACUGAGCUGAAACUAAAUGCAGGUGUUCUUGCCUUCAUGAAUUGCAAGUUAUUUAGAUUUGUUUCAAAGACCCGUAUUAAAUAGCCCAUCCACAAUGUGUCCUGCACACCCCCAGCUACUGAGCCCACUCUCAAUUCUAGACACCCUCUCAAAAAAACAUAGGAUGUGAAAGCCAUGUCUGCCUGUUCUAAUUGCUUUAUACAUACAUGAUAUAUAUAUAUAAAAUGUAUACAAAUGUAGAUAUGUCAUUGCUUAUUAAAAUACUGAAAGAUCAAAAUUAGAUACUUUUACAGGGUGCUGGAGAAGAAAUAUAUAUUUUUGGCAAUUUUAGCUUUUUAUACUUAACUUGCAGUUACAAAAUAUGAAACAUAAUACAAAAAAAACGAUAAAAACGUUUGUAGAAUAGUACAGCGAAAGGUGGUAAAGAAAUAUUGAGUGACUUUGGAUACUAUUGGCCAGGGGGGGAAAAAACAGACCAAAAUAGUCAAACCUUGGAAUGUUAGAGGAAUUGCAUGACGUGAGAGGAGAAGAGUACAGUUAGAGAGAUAAGUGCCUUAGUUACUGAUGGUCGUUUCUUUUUCCGAGUGUUACUUUCUGUUCAAUAAUAUCCAGCACCAACUAGGAUAGCGCAGAGCGAGGGAGGGUUUGUGAAGAGGAAGCACCCCAAGAGUUAAACCACGAGGCUGUUGCAGUGUUGUGCCACUGAAUCUAUUCUAUGCAAAGGAAUAGCAGUCAUUUGACCAGCUAACAAUGUGCCAUGAUUCGUCUUCCCAAAAUUGAGUUGAAGUCUUGUUGUUUUUCCUUUAAUCCCCAUUUGAACAAAGUGUUUAUUUUCUCUUUAUUAUUCUUAUAUUAUGAGGACAAAAUCAGCAAUGCUGUCUAUGUAUUUGGUUACUGUGAUUUUUGUCAAGAACUGCCAAUCAUGAUGUGGAAGUCUGCCAGGUGUUUUAGAAGGGAGAUUUCAAAUGAAUUGGACUUCACCUGAAACCUCCUCUUGUUUCAAGAUUUGCAAACUGGAAGCUUUCAAUCAUAUUUGCCCUAACAUACUCUAUUUUAUGCCAAGGAAGUGUUUUUGCUUUUUGUUUUAAAAGACUGGAAGAUAGAAGGGAAGAAGGAAAACGUAUUCCGCUUACUUUGGGAAAGCCUUUUUGGUGUUUCACAAAGGAUAGAUGUAGCUUUACAGUGCACUGAUCUGAAAGAAGCAAGUAAUGUGUGGAGAAGGAAAAUAUAGCAUUUACUCAAAGUAUUACUGAGAGGAAGGUCACUGGGAUAUUCAUCUGCUGCCACAUCAGUGCCAAACCCGAACAGUCACAGAAGAGCCAGAGUAUCAAAUCACACGCUAAAGAUCAGAUCCGCCCCGAGCAGUUUUCAGUCGUUGAAACAACCGGAGGUGUUCAUCACAUUGAAUAAGAUUACAACUUUGUGUCCUGUAACCCUGGCAGUCUCUAAUGUAGUCUUGUUCACUUUUGUUACAAAAAAAAAAGGUCAAUGUCUUUUUUUUUUUCCUCUUCUCAGUGUUAAAUACAUGUUUUUUUUAAACAUAUUCAAAUAAUGAAAUGCAAUAUUAGAGAGGAGCAAAGACCGACUACAGAGAAAUGGACAGUAUUAAACGAAUCCCCUCUGCCAUGUUACUACGUGCUGUUAAUGUUUUGGAGUUGGGUUUAGUCUAUCAGGUGUAUUGAGAAAUCUCCUGUGUUCUCUUCCGCCUGCCUACUACAUGUGUAAUAAUGUCAAUUACAGCCAUUGUUACAGGUUUCUAAUGUAUUUUUCUAACUUCAUUUUCUAUGUACAAGUCUUUUUUUCUGAUGAAACCCACUACAUCUUUAUUUUUUUCAUGUCCUCUCUCCUCCUCCGCCCUCCCUCUCAACCCACUCUUUACUCAGAUCUGUCUCUCAUUGGGAGCGUUGCCUUUUCCUACAGUUAUUUUGUUUUCUUGCUGAUUCUUUAGCUUGUUUAACUCAUUAGCAACUUAUUAGUUCUUGUCAUAGGUAUUUUUACAUGCUUGCAUUUAGUUUUUAUGGUGUAUGCUGUUAUUUUUUUUCUUAUUAACCUCCUUGGCAUUUAUUUUAAUAAACAUUCUUAGUAAGAAUUUUACUAACUUUGCUGAUA